GAAGCCGGAAGUGCGGACGUCAGGAAAUACUUUAGACGGUGACGCGUUCGACAUGGCAACCGGAGCAGAUCAAGCUGUCGGUCUUGGGCUGGUUGGCUUCAGUCUUUUACUGUUCACAUACUACACCAUAUGGGUUAUAGUCCUGCCGUUUGUCGACAGCGGUCACGCGAUCCACAGUUAUUUUCUUCCUCUGGAGUACUCUGUCAUACUUCCUGGCAUAGCAGCGUUAAUUCUCUUACUCUGUGUUGGGACCUUCAUAGGAAUAAUAACUUGGAAGAACCGUAAACCAAAGAAAGUCGAAUAGAAGUCUCCAGUCACAGUUUUUUAGAAAACCUCAACCUGUUUACCAGCUUAUGUACAAAGUCUCAUGUAUAACUGAAAUCUGUAGCAGGUAGUUCAGCCACGAGCGAAUGACCAAUGAAUGUAAGGGAGCCAAUUAGAGACCACAAAAAAGUGGGGGUAAAAAAGUUUAAUGACUAGUCUAUAUAUAUAUAUAUAUAUAUAUAUAUAUAUAUAUAUAUAUAUGUGUGGAAAUUUAAUUACAUUGACAUAAAUUCAAACAAGUGUUACUGCCCUAUCUGCUGUUACACUGUACACAGAGGCUAUGUUCAGUAACCCCUCAGACAUUGCUCUUAUGCAUUAUUGCUCUCCUAUUAGACUGUAAAUAGACAUAAUUUUGUGUUAGUACACUAUACAAGGCAUGUGCUGAUUAAUAAGAUGUUAACGAGAAAAAGUACUUUUAUUUUAGUUCGAUUUUGUACACUGCAAUAAAUAAUUAUUACAUAAA